AUGGAGCAGGCCGGAACGGAACGUUACGAGACUUACGUCGGCGACCCACCCUCUGCUCAUCCUGCCUCGCUUCGACCGGCCUACGUUCCCUCGCCUCAACCUCAUCCAACCCAAGAAGAACGUUCCCUCUCCCCUCCGAUCUUUGUCAGACCGCUAGGUCCCGCGAUUCCGUUACCCCGCAAACCUCGAUCGAUCAUGUACAAGGCCAAGAUCCACGACCUCUUGAUCUAUGCGUCCUUGAUCAUCUCGGCGCUGGCGCUCAUCCUGGCAACGAGGAAAAAUGCAGGGACCGGGCAAGGAUUGGCAGCCAAGGGCAAGGAGUUGGUGGAAAAGACGACGGACUUGGUGCAUGUGGUCCCGCAGCCCACUUCGGCUCAACAGGAUCAACCCGAAGCUGUCAUCCACCUCAAGUUCCCUUCUUACCCACCACCUCCCGAAACUCCUCUAUCGCCUCUUCAGAAGUUCCUAGCCUACCUCCAUCCGGCGCCCUACCUCUAUCCCUACCCCUACACGGUAGAAUCCGCUCAAUCUCUGGCGUCGCAAGAACUGCUCGCGCUCUUGUUGAAGCUGGAUCCGGACGUCCAUGUUCAGGGCCAAGGGAUCUCUGUCGGCGAUCUGAAAGCCAUCGAGAAGUUCUUGCUGAAGAACGACUGGGUGGCCGAACAAGCCACCUUGGAUCUCCUCGCCCGGCACUUGUUGAUGCACGACCUCGAUCUGGACAUCGACGAAGAGCCACGUGACUCGUCCGCAGGCUCAAGUCGAUACAACAGGCUUCGAAGGAUUAUCGAUGCUAUUCGCCCGACCACGAGGUCCAGCAGACGUGCCGAAGAAAGACAGAAGGAGAAGGAGAGGCAGAAGCAGCUCGAGGAGAGGGAGGCUGAGUUGGGCAAGAGGGAGAAACAGGUGGUCGAAGCGCUCAACGUGUUAGCGAAGGAGAAGGAGUAGGGUCAACUGAGACGGACGACCCCCGCUGAUACGAGCCAACUCUGAGGAGAAUAUCCUGUUAGACGAAGAGAAACGAUCACAAACGCCCUCGAGUCGAUGAACGCCCUUUUUACGAUAUGAUACUUUAAUAAACGAGUAGAUUGAGAGGUGGAUAGAGGUGGAUAGCUAGCGGGACCGGUCGCGAUUUCGGAAAAAACAUAAACAAUGAGAUACACGUCCAUCUACAUCUAGGGAUGACAAA